UUUCAGACAAGGUCGUCUGACGCAAAUGACCGAUGGCCGCUGCAUCCUAUCUUGCCCAAACGUCACUGUUUUCAAAUCUACGGAAUCAGUGGCUGUUCGGUUAGCUGUUAUCAGCUUGAAGGAGUUGGCUACCUGAACGGUUGCAUCUGCCGGAACCAUUAGCUUCUGUACUAGUGAAACUAUGUCCCAGAAACCAGGAGAACAGCUGCCGGCUAUUCGCCAAGGCCGAUCGAUAUAACAGACUAGCACCUUCAUUUAUGCCCGCAGAAGCAAGUGGCUUCUUAGCAACUAUGACUUGCUCCUACUUAGAGCAUUGUACGCUACAUUACCUAACAGUAAAUUAUUUUCCCCGUAUUAGUACGCACGUUAUUCGCAGUCACGGACCAAUUUGUCUGAUCUGAUCUAAACUGCACGCGGCCGAAUAAUUAGACGCUCCUUUUGAUGCUUCCAUACUUGUACGCCGUUGCACUCCUUUUCUUCCUUCUUUUGACUACAGUCGGAUUUUUUAUUAUCGCCUCGGGUUUACUUUACAAGAUCGCUAUUCGAUUGCAAGCACCACCACAUUUGUUACACGGCGCGCUCUUUGCUUAUAAACAUCAUUAUGGAAAGCUUGAUGAUGCUGGAUAUCUCUUUACCGAGGCGCACUAUUUAGCACCGGAAUGCGUCCAGUGUGGCAUAAAGUACGGAGACGAGAUCCAUGAUGAAUCCCUUUGCAAGCGCUCCGUCGUCGGGGCAUUUCUAACCGAAGAUCUAGAGUGUCGUCGAGCAUUUGAGCAAGCAGGUUAUCAGUUUGCUCAAUUGCCACCGGUACGCGAAGCCCUUGUCGCAAGCUUUCCGCACAUCUCAUUUUUGUCAAUCUUAAUCGGAUCGAAGCGCUCGUAUCAGCAUCUUAACACCCAUAUCUCUGAGUUGCAUCUAAAGGUCAACACUUACUUGGAAAUUUAUGACGAUCGAUGGAUACAUUACGUGGCCUUGAUUACGGACGAGGAACAGUUCGUCUUCCCUCCUGAUGAAGAUCGUAUUCCACCUGAUGCCGCUCCCUCUCUAGUACUGGAGAGUCUGGAUUCUGACGCUGUAGGCACACCAAAGCCCAUCGUAACUUCUCCUGACGAACCAAGAGCGUUAUUAAUUGAUGGACACAACAAACACCUCGGGGUACAGAGUGCGGAUGACAGCGAUGACAGUGCAGAUGCGAAAGAGCUAGAGGCCAGUUUUGAAAAAAUCAUUGACAUUUCGGGGAUACCUGUGGGGAAAGGUUAGCAGCUCUAUCACGAACUCCACCACUGGUGCUAUCUUCCGUUAAAUCCAUCUGCGAUAGUGACUGCUGCUAUCAUUUCUACUCCAUACAGCUUCUUAUUUGAAGCCACUCGAUCAUACUUCUCUUGUACUAUGUAUAAAGACCCACCGCCACCUUUCUCAACCAAAAAGAACCCUCGAGCCGUUGUUUUCAAUCAUGGUUAGAUUGUAUAUGCGUGUACACUAUUGGCGUAUUCCUUCGUCUGACUUAACCCUCAUAUUUUAUUGCUUUCCUUCCCCAGCCAUUUUUCUUGUUCUUUUAGUCAUGGUUGAAAAACAUUCCUCUCUGUAUAUAUUAAUUACUUCUUUAAUAGUCACUGUUUUCAAAGCAGAGUUGGCAGUAACCGGUGGCAUUCCACCAGUAUACCGCGAGAGAAUUCAAAAG